AUGACUCUACCACAACGGUCACGUGAUACGAGUUUCACUGGGGACACGGAAACAUAUGGGGAGGAAUGUCCCCAUAAACAUCUGAGUCAGGUCACACAUGGAUAUCUAAGUCAGUCCCACUAUGGUCAUCUUAACGUCGUACUCAAAAACUACAUUUUAGAGAGGCACAGCGAAGAACAAUGGAAAACUAUUUUGAAAGAGGUUAAUCACAGUGGCAAUUUUCAGUCGUCUGAGAAACAUGACGACGGCCUCACUCAGAAAGUUAUCAAUGCAGCCGUUGAUACACUGGGCCUUAAAAGAGAUGCCUUCCUUACACUGGUUGGAGAGUAUUUUAUGGAAUAUCUAAUCAAGAACUCAUAUGACGAACUUAUCCGUAACCUUGGCGCCAAUACGCUUGAAUUCAUCCAGAACCUUGACUUCGUGCAGACGUACUUGAAAGAGGAAUAUCAAGAGGAGGUCAUGCCUAGCUUCCGGUGUGAGGGAGACUCUGUUUCUGACAGGAUGACGCUUCACUACUACUCCGUCCGACCUGGAUAUACCUAUUUUAUCACAGGUUUCCUUACAGCAGUUGCCAAAUCCCAGUACGGUAUGCAGCUUUCAAUAAAUAUACUGUCUGUCACCACUGAGACAGUAGCGCAGGAGAAAGGAUACCGGGAACACGUCAUCAUAAACAUUCUAGCUAAGAAACCGGAAGAACAGCCGGAUACAGAAGGUCCUCCAACUUUUGUGGCUCAGACACCGAAGAACGCUGAACGCCAGAUAUUGAAAACGGAUGUCGAUGCAGUGCGUGCCCGCCUUGAAGAGAUUCUCCGUACUCAGGGAGAGGAUGCUUUACCACUCAACAAGUACCGCAGUGCCAAGGCGAAAUGGAAAGCCAUUGCAAAGAUCAGUCUCUUUUCCAAGGGAUUCGUACCCAGCUAUCCUCAACAGAGUGCAAUCAACCCAAAGAUGUUUAUCGAUGUCUUCCCCUUCCAUCUUAUUUUUGAUUCCGAAAUGAAGCUCUACCAGACAGGUGUCAGACUGCAGAAGAUGAUGCCCUCUAUUAGAAGCAGGAUGGCCAAAGUAACAGACUUCUUCACUCUCAAGUAUCCCAGAUGCACCGAUUUUACGUUUGAAAACGUCAAGAAUUUUGUUAUGUGUCCUUUUAUACUAGAGGUACAAAAAGGUCGACUGGCCAAAGACUUUGUUCAAUACGACCCUUUCCAGAUCAAAGGCCAGAUGUUCAUGCUGAUGGACAGAAACUUCUUUUUCUUCAUCUGUUCCCCGGUGGUAAGGUCAUGGCCCGAUCUUGAAAAGCGUCAAAUGAAAAUGGCUGAUAUACCUAUUUGGGAUGCAACACGUGACUUCUUACUGACAGAUCUCACAUACAGGAUUGCUGCGGGUCAGACGACCGUCGUCGAACAGGACACCACUCUUCUUCUGGAACAGCAGAGGUUGAUGGCACUGAGCAUAGAAGACAAAGAAAAAUUGACACUGCUACAGAAAGAUUUGGACAGGGAGAAACACAGGCACGAUUCACUUUAUCACGCUUUCCUCCCCCGCCAGGUCGCCAACAUGAUCAGAGAAGGAAGGUCCUAUCACGGAGAAUACUUCCCUGAGAUGACGGCCAUGUUUUGUGACGUAGUACAGUUUAUAAACCUAGUUGCUAACUGUAAGCCUGCGGACGUUGUAGGAGUCCUCAACUCAUUAUAUACAAGAUUUGACAAGGUCACGAAAGUUCACGACACUUACCGAGUGGAAUCUAUUGGUGAUGCGUACUUCGUGGUGUCCGGAGUACCGGAAAAGAUAGACAACCACGCAGAAAGGAUAGCGAACACUGCGCUCGGAAUGAUAUACCUUUCACAUGAGGUUUCUAACCCAAUGACUGGCGCCAGAAUCCAGAUACGAAUUGGCAUACACACCGGUUCCAUGAUAUGCGGUGUCGUAGGAACGAAGCUCCCACGAUUUAUUGUUCUGGGUGAAACAGCUGUUGUUGCCUCUAAAAUGGAAAGUCAUGGCGAACCCGGCAAGAUCCAUAUCAGUCCGUCAACGUACAGGUUGCUCAAAGGAAAAGGUUUUACACUAGAAGAUAGAGGGCGGAUUGAACUGAGAGGCUUUGGGCCGAUUGGAACAUUCUUUCUGACUGGGAAUGAACACGCUUCAGAUGAUGACCUCGUAGGUAGGUCAAAAUUGACCAAUCAGGACAUCGCUUUCAUCAACGAAGGUCAUGUACAUGAUCACAAGAAAGCUAACCAGACACCAUCUUCUGGAGUUGGAAGCCGGCCACCUACCGGAGACAGCGAGUUUGCGACCUUUGCUUACUAG